UCUUCGAAUUCACGAUCUUAAAGUCAUAUGAUUCACAGCAAAUAUAGCAACAAAUAUCUCAAUUGGUAUUUUCCAAAGCCACGAAACGUGCAUUGAGUUUGGAGCGAUAUGUGAAGUGAAGAUUGAAGACGUGAUAGAAGAUGGACGACUACUGCUAUGCUAAGAUGGCGACGUCCGCUAAAAGAGAACAUGAAAGAGAAUCAACUUCCAGCAAAUCACCAACGGAGAUAAAGACGAAAGAUGAAGACGUCCAGCAGCUGAUCGGUAAUCCAGAAGAAGUUUCCCCUCAGUUAGGGGGGAGCUCCACUUUGAAGCAGGAGACUCCACAACCACCCUGCAUUAAAAAGGAAGAGGAGGAACUCUGCAUCACUCAGGAGGGAGAGUGUCUUCUAGGACGAGAGGAAGCUGAUUACACCAAGUUUCCACUGAGUAAUCUCUCUGUGAAGACUGAAGAUGAUGAAGAGAAACCACAAGUAGACAACCUCUUAGCUCCACUAUCAGAUAGUGAGGCUGAAGACGAGGUUGAAGAACCUUUGAGCAGAGAUAAAGACUGUGAAGGUGAUAUGAGGACUCACACUGACAACAAACACUCUGAAUGCUCUACAAAGAAGAGAAGUAAAAUAUGUUUGAGCUGCUCAAUUUGUGCUGAAAGUUUUAUUUUAAAGAGCCAAUUAAAUCAACACAUGAAAACACACACAGGUGAAAAACCAUUUAAUUGUUCAGUUUGUGGCAAAGGCUUUUCUAAAAAUGUCCACUUGACUCAACACAUGAGAACACACACAGGAGAAACAAGAUUGAAGUGUUCAGUUUGUGGCAAAAGCUUUUAUAAAAAUUGCCAUUUGACUCAACACAUGAGAACACACACAGGUGAAAAACCAUUUAAGUGUUCAGUUUGUGACAAAAGCUUUUCUCAAAAUCAACAUGUGACUAAACACAUGAGAACACACACAGGUGAAAAACCAUUUAACUGUUCAAUAUGUGGUGAAAACUUUUCUAUUAAGAAACGUUUAACUGAACACAUGAGAACACACACAGGUGAAAAACCAUUUAGUUGUUCAGUGUGCUGUAAAAGGUUCACACAUAAUACAGACGCAGUAAAACACACAAGAACACACAAGGGAAAAUAACCAGUUAGUUGUUUAGUUUGUGGUAUGUUGCUCAUAUGUGGUGACAUCCACCCUACCCAGGACCUCCUCACUGCUUCUUUCACAAAUAUCUGAGGUAUUCAUACAAACUUGGAUUAUUUGGAGCAUAAGCUUAUCCACUCAUGACCCCAUGUCUUCUCUGUAUGUGACACCUUCCUGAACAGUAAGAUAGAUGAUGCUUCAAGUGCUUGGUUACUCCUUCUUCAGUCCAGGGACCUGGGGCCUCAUGUGUCAAGUGUGUGCACGCUCAAAAACCUGCACUACACCCUUUUUCACUGCAAAGUUGACAUGUAUCAAAGCUGACAUAAUUAAAAUGCAGCAUGAGACACUGCACACUGAUAUAGUUCUGUGAAAAUGAUUGUCUUCUGUGCAAAUGUAAAGAAAGUGAACAGUGUGUGAUUUACUGCAAUACUGUCAGUCUUUGAACUUUUUAUUGGUGCUUUGUUGAAAUUGUUCACACAUUGCACAGCUUUUAUUUUUCU